CUGAGGUAUUCACGCGUCGAGGACAACUCACUCUCUUCCAAGACCACCUGGAGACAAGGCUGGCAUUUAACUAUCAUCUAUUCGGACACACAUAUAUAUCUGCGAUUUUGGAUGCUAAUGACUUUACUCCGACUUCGAGAAUGACAGCUGCCGGAAUCCCAGACCUGUUCCAGCGCUAUGAGCAGCUCAAAGCUGUCGAGCAGACCAAAGAUGCACUCAUUGAGGACCUUCUCCAUCGAGUGACCGAGCUGGAAAAAGCUUAUCAACAGACGAGACUCGAUCAUGACCGAGAAACUCGGUUUAACCGGGAGGUACAGAUGCAUGAAAUGGAACUCAUGGAGCAGAUAACGAGGAUCAAGGCCGUUAUGGACCAAGAACCUUUCCUCCUGGUUAUGAUUGACGGCGACGGUUUGAUCUUUCAGGAUUCAUUUCUAAAGCAAGGUGAACAGGGCGGCAAAGACGCAGCGAACCAACUUUGGGUUGCAAUUCGUGAUUACUCAUCCCGUAAUUUUCCGAAUCUACAAUCCCCAAAAAUCGUCACCAGGAUAUAUGCCAACGUCAAGGGAUUGGCUGAGGCGUGCUAUAAAGCCGGAAUUGUUGAACGCCCGGCGCUUAUAGAGGAUUUUGUUCGAGGGUUUAAUGGCAGUAGACUGCUAUUUGAUUUUGUUGACGUCGGGAGUGGAAAGGACAGAGCAGAUGAUAAGAUUGCAGAAUAUUUAAAACUGAAUUUAUACAAUUGCCAUUGCCAUCAGAUCUUCCUUGGCUGUUCACACGAUAACGGAUAUGCUCGUAUCCUGGAGGAUUUGUUGGCAGAUCGGGAGCUCGUCGGUCGAAUAUCUCUGAUUGAAGGAGUCCCUUUUGAAAGAGAGCUUGUGUCGAUAAAAUCUUCCUAUCGAGUGACAAAGUUUGAUUCGCUUUUUAGAGAUUCGAAAAUUCCAAACCAUGGCUCUUCUCUGGAGACUUGGACUAACGCAGUCAGGUCUCUGCCUACUGCCUCUCACUCUCGUCCAAUUUCCCCACAUCCUUCUAAUAAUGGACGGGCGAGGGUGAGCUCUAGUUCCAAUGGAGCUCCGAGCCCUCAAACCUGGGCCGCCACCAUUGCUGCCGCGGCAUCGACUCCAAUGACAGAUUUAACACCUUCAAAACCCGGCACGCCUUCUCUGCAGGUCGUUGAACGCAAUAAAUAUGGCCAACGCGUUGAUCGCCUGGAUUUUAAGACAAUUCCCAAGGACGAAUUGAAGCACAUUAAAAAAUUGAAAUUAUGCAAUCAAUAUUUCUUGCUGGGCGAAUGUCCCAAUUUAAGUUGUCAUCAUACUCACGAUUACAAGCUUACAAAGAAUGAGCGUGUAAUCUUGCAGGCAGUGGCAAGGAUGACCCCUUGCCAUUUUGGUACUGAUUGCGAUGACCCGGGAUGUAUAUAUGGCCACCGAUGCCCGCAAAGCGAGGUAGGAAGAAAGGAAUGUUACUGGGGGCAGAAAUGUCGAUUUAAUGCCUCUCAGCACGGGAUUGACACAAAUAUUGUGAAGGUCACGAAAGUUUAAUUCCAUGGAAAUAUCCCUAAUUUGGAGUUUUUUGAUUUACUGUUUUUUAUAUAAUACGAUAU